AUGAUAUUUAAAAAUUCUUCUGUGCUUCAUGCCUGUAUUACCCAUUCUAGCAUAAGACCAAUUACAACACAAAUCUAUUUACAGUCACAUUUGCAAAUACUUAGAACUAAUCAUAAGCUAUCAAGCACUUCAAAACAGGAGUGUAUUCAAUACAAGAAAUGGUUCCAGCUUUCAUUUUCAGAACGUGAAUUGUUUGCGAAGCGAUUUAUCUCCAAUUAUGCAGUUCAGUAUCCUGGUUCCAACACAUUGGGAUCCUUAGAAUUCCUAUACAACCAAAACUAUCAUAUAUAUAAAACUGAAGGGCAGCAUUCCUCUAGUCAAAGAUCUAGUCUACCGAAUUCCUCUAGACAGCCUUUGAACGUUGACGAUCCUUGCAUAUUUGGUGUCUUCUACAAUGACAUUCAUAGGAUCAACAGUCUUCUAGACACUACUGAGUCUACCUCAAGAUUUCAAGAUCGAUCAUUCAGAGAUUUAUUAGUAAAAAUGUGA